CGCGCACGUCUCUCCCCGCCCUCCCGCCGCCGUCGCCGCCCGCUCUUGCUUUCUCGCGCUCUCCGCCCGUUGCUCUCUGUGGGUUCUCUCGGUAGUCCGCCGCAGCCUCCUCAGCCAGCCGCCGUAGUCUUCGAGCUUGCGACUCGCGGACAGGAGUCCUCGGCGCGGAGAGGCCGCACUCGGAGUCGUCGCCUGAGUACCUUUCAUCUGAGAAGUUCAAGGCACUUCGUAGAACUUCUGCCACACAGGCCGUGGGUCUUGCAGCACAUUUGUAAGUUGCCUCAGCACCAUUUGUUGAAAAGGCUGUUUUUCCUCUAUUGGAUUGUCUUGGCAUCCUCGUUGAAAACUGUUUGACCCUAAGAACCUCCUUAGAAGUGGCAAGAGUGGAUAGAACCUCCUUAGAAGUGGCAAGAGUGGACUUCCUUGUCUUGUUCCUGAUGUUGGGGAAAAGCUUUCAAUAUGUUCAUCAUUAAGUAUAAUCAAUGGCUGCCAUCCGGAAGAAACUGGUGAUUGUUGGAGAUGGAGCCUGUGGCAAGACUUGCUUGCUCAUUGUCUUUAGCAAGGACCAGUUCCCAGAGGUGUAUGUACCUACGGUGUUUGAGAACUAUGUGGCAGAUAUUGAAGUGGACGGAAAGCAGGUAGAGUUGGCUUUGUGGGACACAGCUGGGCAGGAAGAUUAUGAUCGCUUGAGGCCUCUCUCCUACCCGGAUACUGAUGUUAUACUGAUGUGUUUCUCCAUUGACAGCCCUGAUAGUUUAGAAAACAUCCCAGAAAAAUGGACUCCAGAAGUCAAGCAUUUCUGUCCCAACGUGCCCAUCAUCCUGGUUGGGAACAAGAAGGAUCUUCGAAAUGAUGAGCACACAAGGCGGGAGCUAGCCAAGAUGAAGCAGGAGCCAGUAAAACCAGAAGAAGGCAGAGAUAUGGCAAACAGGAUUGGCGCUUUUGGGUACAUGGAGUGUUCAGCAAAGACCAAAGAUGGAGUGAGGGAGGUUUUUGAAAUGGCCACGAGAGCUGCUCUGCAAGCCAGACGUGGGAAGAAAAAAUCUGGGUGCCUUGUCUUGUGAAACCCUGCUGCAAGCACAGCCCUCAUGCGGUUAAUUUUGAAGUGCUGUUUAUUAAUCUUAGUGUAUGAUUACUGGCCUUUUUCAUUUAUCUAUAAUUUACCUAAGAUUACAAAUCAGAAGUCAUCUUGCUACCAGUAUUUAGAAGCCAACCAUGAUUAUUAAUGAUGUCCAACCCACCUGACCCACCAGGGUCCUUCUGACACUGCUCUAACAGCCCUCCUCUGCACUCCCACCUGACACACUAGGCGCUAAUUCAAGGAAUUUCCUAACUUCUUGCUUCUUUCUAGAAGAGAAACAGUUGGUAACUUUUGUGAAUUAGGCUGUAACUACUUUAUAACUAACAUGUCCUGCCUAUCAUCUUUCAGCUGCAAGGUACUCUGGUGAGUCACCACUUCAGAGCUUUACUCAUUUUAACAGAUUUCAUUGGCAUAGCUCUGGGUGGCAAUCCAGUUUUUUGAAAAUGUGCUCAGCCAGAAAAGCCCACAUCCAAGCAGCUGUGGCAAAGUUACAGUUCUGUGGUUUCAUGUUAGUUACCUUAUAGUUACUGUGUAAUUAGUGCCGCUUAAUGUAUGUUACCAAAAAUAAAUAUAUCUACCCCAGACUAGAUGUAGUAUUUUUUUGUAUAAUUGGAUUUCCUAAUACUGAUAUUUGUCAUCCUCACAGAAAGUGUAUUGGUUUUUUUUUUUAAAAAGAAAGUGUAUUUGAAAAUAAAGUCAGAUGGAAAAUUCA